ACAAGUGACAGGAGAUGAACCUUAGGACUUUGACGUCACUUCACUUUUGUGCCUGUUUGUCAUCUUUUUUGGCACAGACGCAGUGCGCCGUUGCAUUUACCUUCAUAAGUAGCGUAAACUCGUGAAAUAUGAAGCCGAAGAAACGCCACGUAUUUCUCCUGUGGAUACUACUGAGCUCCGGUGUGUUGGCCGAGGCCAUCGAACCCAUCAGCACCACCAUCGCGGUCGGAAUGGCUGCGACCCUGACUGCGUUCAUAGCUAGCUACCCAAACAUUUUUUACUAUUUCCACGAGUGCUGUCGACCCGAGUGGAUUUCGUUCAACUACACAGGCCUCAAGGCUGACCUGGACAGCAAACUUUUUGGGCAGCACAUUGCCACACGCAUCAUCCUGAAAGCUGUGAAUGGAUUCAUGACCAACAAUAAUCCAAAGAAGCCCCUGGUACUUUCUCUGCACGGUUGGACCGGCACAGGGAAGAACUACAUCACUAAACUGAUUGCUGAGAACAUUUAUGCAGAGGGAAUGAAGAGCAACUUUGUUCAUGUCUUCACAGCCACAUUGCACUUCCCUCACCAAAGCCACUAUAUUCAAUACAAGUCUCAGUUACAACAGUGGGUCAAAGGCAACGUCACCAACUGCGAACGCUCCAUGUUCAUCUUUGACGAAAUGGACAAGAUGCAUCCAGGACUGAUUGACGGCAUUAAACCAUUUCUGGACUACUACGAAAAGCUGGACGGUGUCUCGUAUCGCAAAGCCAUCUUCAUUUUUCUUAGCAACGCUGGAGGCGACAGCAUCGCACAGACGGCUUUAGAUUUCUGGAAAGCGGGACAACAACGAGAGGAUAUUGAGCUCAAAGACCUGGAAACGCUGCUGUCUCUGUCAGUGUUCAACAACAACAAAAGUGGCUUUUACCGCACCAGCCUCAUUGACAAGAACCUGGUGGACUUCUUUGUUCCGUUACUGCCUCUGGAAUACAAGCACGUCGUCCAGUGCAUCAUAGCCGAGAUGAAAGCGAGAGAAAUGAAGGUGGACGAGAAGGUGGCAGACCAGGUGGCCAAAGAUUUAAUUUACUUCCCCAAAAGUGAGAGAAUAUUUUCCAUCAAAGGCUGCAAAACGAUAGAGAGCAAGUUGGACUAUUAUGUAUAACGGCGUGAUGGGACAAACGCUGUGUUCGGACACUAAGUGCACUUUAAAAAAAAAGAAAAAAAAAAGAAAAGACGACACAGCUGUCAGCCAAUGACUACAGAGAAGAAGUGGAGCUGCGGACCUCACAGGAAGUCUCUGUACAGAAGACAUUGCCAAACCUUCACUAAUGUUGCAUUUGACUUAGACUGAAGGGUAACAACUGUGCCACUCAAGUGAUGAAUCAAAAAGACUAGUGAACCGUCAUUUAAAAAAAGAAAAAAAAAAA